UUAAUUUCAUUGGGGGCGCCUAACAACAUGGCCUGCGUGAAUAAAUUUGCGCAGACUCCAUUGUUAAGUUUCCGAAUACUGACUAUACUAUACUAUAUAUUCCAUUCUUGAAUAUAGCCAGUGUCAUACUGACCAAUCAACGAAAAGCAUUUAUUAUUUUGAAAAACCGUUUGAAGGAUUGAAGAGCUUCACACGUUUCAAGAUCUUUGCUUGCUGGAGAAGUAAGUGCUGCCAAGAAAAAUCAUAUCAUUCGUCAUCUUUCAAGGCAAUGAUUUAUAUGACAGAUGUAGUGUUCUGUUAAUAAUCUCUUGUGCAUCCGAAAUUGUUAAAUCAACAUUUGAAACUUUGAACGGAACAUAGCGCGAUGUAUAUGUAGUUGUAAUAUAUUUGCUUUUUACGAUCGGAGUAAAAGUAUUGAGUACUCGGAAUGGAUAACGAAAACAGCAAAAUGAAUCAUCAACCAGUCAUACAAGCAUUGAAAGUUAGCAAUUUUAAAUGCUUGCACAUUUCCAAAACGGAUUCAACAGAGGUCAUUCCAUCAAAAAAUGUAGAAAAUACAAGUGAGGAAAAUAUCUGUGAAAUUUGCACAACGGUAAAUGAUAAGAAUGAAAACGAAUGUAAAGAAACUGCAAAAAAAUCUACUGAAUUAAUGCCACCCCCUAAACAAAAACCAGCAAUAUGUAAAUCGGUAGAUUCUAUACAAAAUCAACGCAAGUCUGAUAGUGACAAUAAUGAAAAAAUAAAAGAUAGCAAAAGUGAAAAUGUCCAGAAAAUUUCUGAUUCAGAUACAAAUGAUGUAAAUAAGGAAAAUCAGAGUCAGAAGAGAUGGGUAUUGACGGAUUUUGAUAUCGGUCGACCUUUGGGUAAAGGAAAAUUUGGUAAUGUAUAUUUGGCUAGAGAAAAAAGAUCGCAAUUUGUAAUAGCCAUGAAGGUGCUUUAUAGAGCGCAAAUAGAUGAUGCAAAAAUCUUACAUCAGGUACGAAGAGAAAUAGAAAUUCAAACUCAUUUAAGGCAUCCAAAUAUUUUGAGGAUGUAUGGGUAUUUUUAUGAUGAUAAAAGAAUUUAUUUAAUAUUAGAAUAUGCACCAAAAGGAGAGCUUUAUAAAGAACUGAAUAAUCAAGCUAAUAAACGAUUUGAUGAAGUAAGGACAGCCACUUACAUAGCUCAAUUAGCAGAUGCAUUAAAAUAUUGCCAUAGCAAAAGUGUUAUUCAUCGUGACAUUAAACCUGAGAAUUUACUUCUUGGACUAAAUGGAGAAUUAAAAAUAGCUGAUUUCGGAUGGUCAGUACAUGCUCCUUCCUCUCGAAGAGACACUUUAUGUGGUACUUUGGAUUAUUUGCCACCUGAAAUGGUAUCUGGGAAAACACAUAAUCAUACAGUUGAUUUUUGGAGUGUUGGAGUAUUAUGUUAUGAAUGUUUAGUUGGCAAGCCUCCUUUUUAUGCAGCAACUAAUAAUGAGACUUAUAUAAAUAUAAAAAAGUUGCGAUACACAUUUCCAAGCUUUGUCAGUGAAGGAGCAAGAGAUUUAAUUUCAAAAUUGAUAGUUAUUGAUCCUGAAAAAAGAUUGGAUAUGGAUGGUGUUCUUGCACAUCCUUGGAUUGUAAAAAAUCGCAAAAUUGAUAAGGUAUAAGAUCUUCAAUCUUAAGCAAAACUAUCUAAUUAUAUUGAGAUAAAUAUCUCUGCUUGAAUGAAUGUUAUAAUAAAUUUAUUGUAAUUUUAUACUCUUGACCAGAGAAUUAGUGAUGUAUUAAUAUUAUUAUAUAUGUAUUUAAGGACAUAUGUAUCUUAAAGCAUUAUCAAAAAUAUAAAAAUUGUAUCUGAACAUCUAU